GAACGCAUUGCAAAGCGUGCGCUGGUCUCGAGGAGUAGAGACGGAGCAGAGCGCGAGAUGCUUCUGACACAUUCCUGAAAGAUGUGCAAAAUGGCGCAAGUGUGCCGGAGUCCAGAAAGCCAGCGACUGUAGUUUGGAUAGAGAGGAGCAGACCGCUGCUUUCCCGUCUUGUUUUAGCUGUCGUCUUACCUUGCUUUUUAUGUGUCUCGUCUAAAUUUCAAUUUAAUUAAAUGGCUUCCCGAAAGUGGUUCCCGCAAGCUACGCGUUUAUUUGGAAUACUCCUGCUCGCUUUUGUCGGUGUGACAUCAGGGGCCGAGCUGUCAUUCACUCUGGAACCCAGUGACAUCAUCGCCGUGCAGGAACAACCUCUCAUGCUACACUGCCAGGUGGAGGGAAUUCCACCCAUCACCACUCAGUGGAGGCACAACGGUGUGCAGAUUUUGGAGGACCAGAACUACGUCAUGUUUUCUAACGGUUCGCUUCUGAUUGGUCACUUCCAGAAGACCAAGUCUGAAGGCACGUCCGAUGAGGGAGAUUAUGAGUGCAUGGCCCAGAAUUUCUUCGGGUUGGUCUUGAGCCGCAAAGCCAGGGUGCAAGCUUCUACAAUGGCAGAUUUUCACAUACAGCCACGUUCAGUGCGUGCAGAGCUGGGAGGCGUUGGCCGAUUUCAGUGCCAAAUCAAUGGGCUGCCUGAGCCAGUCAUCAGCUGGGAAAAAGACAGCCGAGCCGUGGACACUUCUGAUGACAGAUAUACUUUGCUGCCCACGGGCGUGUUGCAGAUAACAGGUGUACGCCCCGAGGACAGUGGAGUUUACUGCUGUGUGGCCCACAACAGUGCUGGUGUCAAACACAGCGCAGGAGCACAGCUCACAGUCUCAGGCUCUGAGUCAUCUGUUUACAAAGAACCCAUGAUCCUCGUGGGUCCUGAAAACCUGACCCUCACUGUUCACCAGACCGCCAUCUUGGAGUGCGUCGCCACGGGUUACCCUCGCCCAAUUGUUUCAUGGAGCAGACUAGAUGGCCGUCCAAUAGGAGUUGAGGGUAUCCAGGUGCUGGGAACAGGAAACCUGAUGAUCUCUGAUGUCAGAGUUAAGCAUUCUGGUGUCUAUGUCUGUGCGGCCAACAAACCAGGAACCCGCGUGCGCAGAACUGCUCAGGGACGUCUAGUUGUGCAAGCCCCAGCAGAGUUUGUUCAGGCCCCUCAGUCUAUUGCUCGACCGGUGGGGACAACUGCCAUCUUCACAUGUCUAACCCAGGGCGAGCCUGUCCCCCAGAUCACCUGGCUAAAAAAUGGACAAGUCCUAGAGCCUGACGGCCAUAUCAAACUCAGGAAUAACAACAGUUCUCUGACCAUCUAUGGUGUAACCCCGGAGGAUGAGGCAAUAUAUCAAUGCAUUGCAGAGAACAGCGCAGGCUCCACACAAGCCAGCGCUCGUUUGACCGUGCUGUGGGCGGACGGGUUGCCGGGUGUGCCCACCGAGGUACAUGCAGACGCCCUUUCCCCAACCUCCAUUCAGGUGUCCUGGAAGGAGCCCACCCAAAACACUCAGGACAUUAUUGGAUAUGUGCUUCAUAUCCGCAAGACAGCUGACCCGAUGGAGAUGGAGUACCAGGAGGCUGUGAGUAAAACCACCCUGCAGCAGGUGAUCGGAGAUCUGGAACCUUCCACCAGCUACAGCUUCUAUGUGAAAGCUUACACGUCCCGUGGAGCCAGCAAAGCCUCUGAGAGCGCUGUGGAGAGCACCCUGGGAGAAGUUCCUGCCCCCCCGGUGCUGUUCACGAAGGUGAUUAAUUCUACGGUGGUUCAGGCCACAUGGGAGCCCUCCGCUAAGAUGGGCCAGCAGGAAGGAUUCAUCCUCUACUACCGUAAGGUCCCCGUUCCCCUCUUCACGGGACCACUGACCUUUCCACGGAACGUGACUCAAUACAACAUUACUCAGCUGGACCCAACAUUUAUUUAUGAAAUUAAGAUUCUUGCUUUCAACCAGCAUGGAAAGGGCAAUGCCACUUUGCGUUUCGUGUCUCUCAAGGAGUCGAUGGAGAAAUCAGUGCUGAAUACUCCUUGUGACUGUGUAAAAGACGAACAGAGUAAGAGCUCCACCACGGGCAUCAUCAUCGGCAUCCACAUCGGAGUAACCUGCAUUAUCUUCUGUCUCCUCUUUCUCAUGUUCAGCUACAGAGGAAGGUUGAUGAUGUGUAAAACUGUUCAGGCCACCAGACAGGUCGGCCGUAACCCAGCAGCGGGAGCCGUGCCGGAGUCCUCCUCCUCCUCACAGGGAGCUCUGGCCCUGAACGGCCCCCACAGGUUCAGCGCAGAGGGGAAUGGAGGACCUCACACGGCGAAGAAUUGCACCGACUCCAAUGAGAUGGAGAGGCUCUUUCCAGGUCCGUCCCACUUCUCCCAUCCACCUGACGCCACCCACACGAUUGAGAGCUCUCUGGUGUCCUGUUCAUUCAAUGAUACUCAGAUGUCCACGCUUCCCCUGGAUGACUUAAGCCUCAUAGAGGAGUGUGAGGUGCAGUUCCAGCAGCGUCCAGCAGAGGAGGAAGGCUGAUGAAGAAACUUCCUCUAUCCUCCACUAAGACUCCUGUCCAACUCAGGUCAACUGAAGUAUUCACCUUUUUUAUUUCUGUGCAAAGAUUAUAUUAUUUGUAUAUUACGUUCCCUUUGCGGGAAUCACUGGACAGUAUAAUGCUGGGGUCCAUCUGUCCUCCUAGUGGGUGAAGGAAAGUUAUUAUUCCUCAUGGGUAGGUAAACGAAAUAACACGUUCUUGUAGUCCCGUUUGGCAGUGUGCAGAAACUUUCAGUCCGAGAUUUUAACCACGUUUCAGUUUUUUAACACGUUCAAUGACCUGCUGCCUGCUAUCAGCCUACCAAUGGUUUCGGAGACAGAGACCACCUUCCAGGGAUUAUUCUCAGGAUUUUUGUUUUCAGUGAUAUCAAUGUUUUUUUAUUAGGUUUUAGCCUUCAUAAAGACUUUAGAGUUGGCUAUGUGAACCUUAGGACUUGUGACAAAAAACCCUACCUCAGCUGGAAUGAAUGUGUUUUAGGAAGUCUCUGAGAUCUGUAUCUUGCUGUCUGUUCUGUUUCUACACAUCAAGCGUUCAGUCGAAAAGAAAAAGGGGCUUCUCUACCUCAGAUUUCAAGGACUGCCGCUCUCCUGCUCGCUGCGGGCAAACCACGAAAGAAAAUCUAACAUAUAGCACUUCCAAAUGUUAAAGUCAAUGUUCUACCUCAAAAUAACUUAGUUGUUUUUGUCAUUGUGGUUCUUCUUUCAAAUUGAAACGGAGCUUCUGUUCGUGAGAUCCUGGCUUCACCAUGUUGAUCAAUUGCUGUGUUUUGAUAUGUCAGAACCUCAUGCCAAUUGACAAAUGACAUUGUUGUAUGAAUUUUGCUUGUAAAGAUGUCCUAGUAUUCACGUUGGAUUGUAUUUUGUUCCUUUUGUUUGUUCCUGAACAGAGUGUUUUUAUUUUAAUUGUAGUCGACUUGGAAAGACUUUAUAAGAAAAACUGCACUGUUAUGACUUCAGGAUAAAAUUGCCGCUCUCAGAAACAACUUGUUAAAGUUGCGAGAAGACAGGUAACCAUGCUGGACAAAGCUAUACAAAUGAUGUCCAUGGGUAUUUGAAUGGUUCGGUUUCACGUGUUUGCAUGUUUUGUGAAACAAACGAAUAAGCGUGCAAAUAUACUCAUAUAUAAAACAUUCUGUUCAGAUUUAAGCACAUAUGCUGUUUCUGUGGAUGCUGAUAUAUUAGUCAACUUAAUCGUUGCCGGUCUGGGAUACUCAGUCACUGUUGAUACACAUAUCGCACAUUUUGAUAUAUCAUCAAAGUUGUAACUGCAGAAGUUGUGAUUUGAACUCUCCAGCAACUUUAGAAACGAAACAAUGCGGUCUGAUGUGAUGCACCUGCUGCAUGUUAUGAAUUGAACAAAACAGCCGAACAUAGAAGCAUCACUAUGGAAAGACUGAGCAUUCUGGUAUUCUUCGACCUACAUUCCUUUAGGAGCCAAAGUCAGACACUGAAGACUCUUAAGGCGUCUGUGUGGAGUUGUACAUCACACACAUACAUCGCAUACCCCUCCUUCCCAUGUUUUAGUGCCACGCUGAUCAGGGAGCACAAAGUGCAUCGGUCAUAUUGUGCUGUAUGCACCUAACCACACAUUCAUCAGUUAGCAGAAUACAAGUAAAGGAUGAUUUCUGAGCUGGUCUGCUCGUCUCCUCACGUGUCACAGUGUCUGGCCUGCUUUUGAACCACCUUUCAAUUGGUGUUCACUGUGUGCUCAGCCACUCAAUCCAAGACCAGCUGUUUCAAAUACCAGCAAGAUUUUCUGUCUCCUCUGAUGUCCCAGAUGGUGCAUAUAUAUUUUCUUAGUAACCUACCUCAACACAGCAGCCAUGCUCUCAGGUCACUCCUGCUCUUAUGGGGAGAUGGUAUUUUUUGUAUAGUACAGACACAUAUACACGCGCACACAUAAUGUACAUACACACAUCAGUAGAGAACAUCUCUCAGUAAGAUAAAAGCAGAAAUGCAUUCGUUUUUCAUACUCUUCGCUUUUAUGAUGUGAUUUGUUUUAGUCACCUGCGUUGUGUUUCUGUAUUAGAUUGUCUUAUUGAGUUUAAUCCACCUUGAUCAGAUGUGUGAGACUUGUGUCUGACUUCAACAUCAGUACCCGAAUCCAUAUUCUGUAUUUGCCACCAUAAAAAUGUACAGUAUAUGAUCGCCAUUAUUGUGAGUGUUUGUGUGGAUGAUGAGUCACAUUUGCAUAUUUCAUAAUGCCCAGAAAUUCUACAAUCAAUCCUUUUUUAAGGAAUUGACAAAGUAAGGCUAGAUAAUCAAGCGGUUGUUCAUAUACAACAUGUUCCUGUAACUACCAGAUCCCAUCAGAAGUGCACAGUAUAUUACAGUGUAGAAAUGUCUCGAACAAUGUGCUGUAUAUUUAUUGUACCGAAUGCAUACCGUAGAUGCUUCUGUGUUGUCUGUAUACAGAUACGUGCUCAACUCUUUGGCUGUGUUUAAUAGAAGUAAUUGAACAACGGAAGGUAUGUGUUACGCCGUGCUGUUGAAGUUUCUAUGAAAUAUCUAUUGUACAGUUUUUGUGCGCUCGACAUUCUUGUAAUAUGAAUAUUAUAAGAAGAACUGGGUUGUGUAAUGCAAUACAAUUGUCAAUGCUGUUACAAAAAUGUCAUCCGCAGGUUAAUGCACUUGUUGUUUUCUGGUGGAUUUGGCUUUUAUGGCGGUGUGUUGUUUGUUUCUGAAGAGGCACUUCGGCACAAUUCAAUGUUGUGUUUGAAAACAGUGUUUUGUCAGGCUUAAGUAGAAAAACACUUGUACGGAAUGUAUUAGAUGCCAAAAUGUGGAAAUCUGUGUUUUAUGACAAAUUGGUUGGUUUGUAUUAGGGUAGCCCUGUUUGGCCAUAAACAGCUGUUAAUUUCAGCUGUGAUUUGUGUUUAUCAAAUAUCAGAUCUAUCAGUCACCUUACACAUUACAUUUGUCCAAUUUGAUUUCUCUCUGUUUUCCAAAGAAAAACUAUUCUCUAGUGAGACUCCUGAACUUCCAUGUGUCUCUUACUCUGUGACACAUUCCUGCCCCUUUAAAGGGAGAUUCAGCACUUAAAAACGGUUUCGCAUGCAUGGACCAUGUGAGGAUAACCAUCAUCAUAAAAAGUUACUGUGAUAAAGCAUGAGGUCCCCAUGCAGGCUCUCUGCUCGCAACACUUGUUUCUCUUUGUUUACUUCGAUAUUUAGUGCAGUUUUUAGUUUGGAUCGUGGAAAGAACAAAAACCUCACACACACACGCAUACACACACGCGUUCGCUGUCGCAUCCCUGUAAAGAAAGACAUGUUUGUGUCAGCAUUAGUCCUGCAUCCCAGCUUUCCCCAGGGAGACUCGGUGCUGAAGCAUUAACAUGUAGCAGCCCCGGCUCCCAGCAACGCUAUGGCAACACGGACCUAUUCAGAGCAGCAGAAAGUUCAAACUUUGAAUGUGUAAAACAAACACGGUUUUGUGUGACAUAAUAUGCACCAGUUUUAGUCUGUUAAGCCCCUUUCAGGACAGGGAUUAAACGGGUGAGCGUUUAUAUCCUUCGCUAGGAGGUGAAGCUACAGCAGAAUGUGUUUCACAAGUUAACGCACACACACACAAUGGCUUAAAACAGUUUGAUGCUUUUCUAGUACAGUCUACCUUGCUCACAAAUGUCAAGUCCGAUGGCUCAGCUUACACAGCACAAGCGACUGAAUAGAUGAAUUCUUGAAUACUGUCAAGAACAUGAUUCUACUUAUUGUACUGUGAAGAAUGAGAUUUUGUUUAAAGGCAUAGAUCACCCAAAAAUGAAAAUUCUGUCUCACCCUCUCACCCUCAAGUUGUUUCAAUCCUGGAUGAAUUUCUUGGUUCUACUGAGCUGAAAGAAAGAUAUUUGGAAGAAUGUUUGUACUAUGAUAGUCUGUGGUGCCCCAGAACUGUUUGGUUUUCCAUAUGCUUCAAAAUAUCUUCUUUUGUAUUCAACAGAACAAAGAAAUGUAUAACUUGAGGAUGAGUAAAUGAUGACAGAAUUUUCAUUUUUGGGUGAACAGUCCCUGUUUAAAGGACUAUUAAGAUAUUUUGUAUUGUGGCAUUUACAGUAAAAUCUAACAGAAAGCACUAAAUUACAGGGAAUGUUUUAGUAAUGACAAUUUAUAGGGGAUUCGCUUAACUGUUGCAAAAGGAAUGUCAUACAAAAAUAAAAUUGACUGGUCCUAAAAGUCAUUUCGCAGAAAAAUGUUUUCAUGACAUUCACCGUGUGAAAAUCUGGUGCUAUGUUGAAAAAUAAAAUUGCUUUCAUUAAAAAUAUUCCUUUGUUAUUUUCACCUUAAGUUGUAGGGCUGGAUCUCUGGCAUGCUGUCAAAUACAAAAAAAACUUGAGAGGCUAGCAGGCUGGAUGGGGUUUUAACAAAAACACCUAAAUAUAAAUGUUUGUUGUUGUCUAAAUCAUGUAUUAAAGGUGUGACUAUUUAUCAUGUAAUUCCUAUGGGGAGAGAACACUAUUGUAAACAGUCCUGUAUGUGAAUUGAGGAUGAAUUGUUACAUCAUGUCCCUUCCUGGUAUCCUUAUACACAAAGUAACUUGGUUAUAAUUGAAAGAUUCUGACAUUGCAAAGAGAUUUUAUGAGACAACAGGUGCAGACCAUAUGUGACCCUGAAUCACAAAACCAGUCUUAAGUAGCACGGGAACAUUUUUAGUAAAAGACAAAAAUACAUUGUGUGGGUCAAAAUUAUCGAUUUUUCUUUUAUGCCAAAAAUCAUUAGGAUAUUAAGUAAAGAUCAUGUUCCAUGAAGAUAUUUUGUAAAUGUCCUACCUUAAUUAUAUAAAAACUUUAUUUUUGUGAGUGGAUGGUCUGCCAGAUAUUGUCCUAUUCUAACAACACAUAUAUCUAUAGAAAGUUUAUUUAUUCAGCUUUCAGAUUAUGUAAAAAUCUCAAUUUUGAAAAAUUGACCCAUAAGACUGGUUUUGUUGUCCAGGGUCACAUAUGCUAUGAAUAAUCUCUUGAAGUGAACAUUUUAAGAUUUAAAUCUUUAUUUACAUUGCUGCAUGCUGACCUGCUGACCUGCUUAGCUUCCAUAGUGUAUUACUGUACAUUUGUUGGUUUUAACAAGCAAAGAGAAUUUGUCGUGUUUGGUAAAUGACAGCAUGACAAAGAUACAAUCCGUAGCGCUUAAGGUGAAAAAGCCUUGAAUGUUUGUCAGUUGUUUCAAUUACAUUGAUAAAAACAUAUAUUUCAAAACACGUUGUAUUAGCGUCAGUUAGGAAGCACAAUAUGUUAAAAAGCCUUGACUGGCGUUAACCAUUUCUGGAUUGAAGUCUUUGUUCUGUCUGAUUUGAACCCUAAACUGUGUAUCACAGCUUUUACUUUUGUUAACUGUACUGACUGUCACUUCUGUAAAACUGUGUUCAUGACUAAAGCACUUGUCAUACAAAAUAUUGUUUCAUUUCCUUACUAUAUGGUGCUAUUUCUGUCACGUCUGUGUACUAUGAGCGACUGUAUGUGCACCUUGUUCUUACCUUUGUAUAUUCAACACCUCUUCUGCCCACUCACCUCCAGUUAUAUUGCAUCUGAAUUGAAAAGUUUUACUUUUUUUUUCAAGAACUUCAAAGACUCACUGUCAAAAUGUUUCAUAUUCAUUUUUGAAAAUGUGGGAAAUGAUGCAUUAAUCUUUCAUUUUGCAAACUGCAUUUGUGUACAGCUAUUUAAUAACUGUGUAUUAUGGAAAUAUGUCACACUUACAGUAUCACACAUUGUUUAAAGUCUGCUGUACAAACGUUAAUUCUGAAGCACAGCAGGGGUGCUCGGGGAAAACUCAAGCCCUCGCUGUUAUGCUGCAUGUUAUGGUCAGCAGCACUGUUUCACCAUCCAGCCAGCCUCUGCCCCUCACAGAAGACAUUUUUAGAGAAAGUGACGAUAGCACAAUAGUUUACACCUCACACACAGCUGCCGGUGUGUGAGGUGUGUUCCCUCUUCACCUGCUCUCUGUAAUGCAGGUCCCCGUAAAAACGAUGUUUCUCACAGCAUUUGUCAAAGAACAAAUGAUUAUUGUUUGUCUUUUCCAAAUCUGACGUCUGUACCCCGUUUGACCACAGCUGGUCACUGUUGUGUAUGUACAUAUAUGCAUAUAUUUGAAUGUGUAUAUGUAUAUUUAUAUAAAGAAAGAAUAAUAGACCGUUUUUAGUGGUUUGUAUUGUUUGAAGGUUCAUUGUGAAACACUGAGUAAAUAAAGUCAAU